GUGUGGUUUGAUUUGGUUUGGUUUUAGCAAACAAGAAGAAGAGGAUAGAAGAAAGGAAGAUGCCGAGUCGCUGUGAGAUCUUCUGUGAAAUUCUGAUCGCCGUGUUGAUCCCUCCCUUGGGGGUUUGUCUAAGACACGGUUGCUGCACUAUUGAGUUUUGCAUAUGUUUGCUGUUGACUUUGCUGGGUUACAUUCCGGGAAUCAUCUACGCUCUCUAUGCCAUCGUGUUCGUGGAUCGCGACGAGUACUUUGAUGAAUACCGCCGUCCCCUCUAUGCCAACUCCGCUUAACUUGUUUCCGUUGUUCUUUUAUUUUCCCUCCCUCUUACCUUAAUUUUAUUAUUAUUAUUAUUAUUAUGUCUUUGUCUUAUGAAUUGAACUCUGUUUUUAUCAAAAGGGAGGGAUCUUUGAUUUGAUAUUUGGUAGCCUUCUUUGUUUACAUUCAUUCAUUCAUUCAUUGUGAGUAGAUAGAGUAGUAGUCACUCAGAAAUCUGAAUUUGUUGGAUACACACAUAAACACACACAACAUGAUUCAUUCAUUCAUUCAUUAUUUCUCAACUUUCUAUGUAGAGGUAGAUGUAUGUUUGCUGGACUGAUAAUCCUAGCAUUUUGUUUUGUGGGUCUUGAAAGGAAUAAGUUAAUCUCAACAUCUUCCUUCAACAUAAAUUUAUUGAGUUAUCCAAUUCAAUCCAAAUCUUAGGCAUUAGACACACACCAAAUGUGACCCUCCUAGACUAGACUAGACUAGAGUAGAGUAGAGUAGAGUAGAGUAGAGAGUACAACUUACGAGUGCAUGAUGACUGCAAAUCAUAGGCUCGAAAUCGAAAGCUGCCUUGUUCAGGUCUUUAUGUAUGGUAAUGGUAUGGGUAAACUUACACAUUAGAUUACACUCAGUUGCUUGGUUGUUGCGAGCAAGCCAAUCCCAAUUUGGAGAGCAAGUAAGUAAUUGUGUUUAGGGUUGAAGAUGAUAUAUAUAUAUAGCCCAUCCCAGAGAUAUUCAUAAUGUCUGUCCAUCACAAGGGAGGAGAAUUGUGAAUUUAGAUAGAAAACAAGCAUCAAGCCCUUGUGUGGGUUUCUAUUUGCAAAUCACUUGUAUUGUAGCUCUAGGACGAGGAGGAGGACGAGGAGGGAGGAGAGGCUCCAACAAAUAGAUAUGAUAUAUUGACCUACUCCUUGAAUUUAAUUCCAGACAACAUCUACCCGUCUACCAGUCUACCAAUCUACCAGUCUACCAGUCUACCAGUCUCACUUGGAAGAGAGUAACAUGACUUGACUACCAUGUGAUGUGAUGUGAUGAUGAUGAGGCACUUUUUUUCUUUUGCUUGCUUUUUUGACACAACCAAAUGAGAGCAUCUCAACUUCUCUCUCUCUCUCUCUCUCUCUCUCUCUCUCUCUCUCUCUCUCUCUCCGCCCCUCUUGUUGUUCCAGGGUAGAGUUCAUCAAGCAGCAGCCUUUUGUUGAGAGAUGAAUUGCAAUCUGCAUGCAUCAAGUUCAAGUUGUUACUUCAGACCAAAAAAAAGUUCUAGUUGUUACUAGUGCUCCUCUUCCUCUUGUCUUGUCUUGGCAGCUGCAAAUAUGAUUAUACAUGCGUUCGGUUAACUUAAGCACGCUUUACUUCAAGGGGAAAGGAAAGGAAAUCAAAUUAUUUCUUCACACACCAAAGUUUAUAUACAACCCUUCUUUUAAUUAUUAUUUUCUAAUCGAAUGGAACAAUUUUAUAUAUAAUUUCAAUCUCUCUCUCUCUCUCUCUCUUCGCAAACUAUUGUCCUUACAUUUUUACACGAAUGGAAUCAUCAUGUGCUCAUCAAAAAGUUUUCAUCUGAAAAGACCAAAAAACAAGCGGAUCAUGAUUCAUGUUGAGGAGCCGCCCUUGAUCCUGGGAUAGGAUAGGAAUAGUUAUCCAGACAUCCAGACCCAAAAAAAAAAGGGGAUAGGAAUAGGCAUAGGUAGGAGAGUAGUAGUUAGCCACAACAGCGACACGUGGUAAGUU